CAAGAUUUUGUUUCACUUUAAUUCACUUCACCAUUUAAUUAGAUGAAAAUACCAGAAGCAACUAAGGUGAGUAGGUAAGUAUGAACAAACUUUAUUUUGAACGACAAAUAACCUACAAGGAAACAGCACACAAAACUGAAAAAUAAUAACUCAUUUCAAACUGAAUCUCAACUGUAGGUUUCCUACUCAGAAAUCAAAAGUAAUGAUCACACCAGUUCCAAAAUACACUGUCAAAGUUACAUUUGUAAAUAUAACCAGAGCAUCAUAAAUUGUUACUUCAGAAUCAGGGAUAGGUUUUCUGUUGAGCUUUUUUUCAGAACACAAGCUACACAAUUGAAACAAUUAGCAUUGCAUGGCUUCCACCACAGUACUGCCAGUAAGGACAAGGCAAAACUACUCAAUCAAGUAUUGACCAGCUAUAUUACUUUUCAAGGCUGGCAAAUUUAAUUGGCAAGUUUAAUUGGUGGAUAAUGUACAUUCAUUAAAGGUGCUAAAGGUAGUAUAUAUGCAGUUGUUAAAAAGCUGGACUCUAACAUUAUAUGACAUCCCUGAGGUAGACAGGGUUAAAAGGCCACACUCAAGGCCCCAACAGUGGCAGCUUAACAGGCAUCAUAAUCUUAUGAUCAGCAAACCAGAGCCUUAACCAUUGAGCCUUAACCACUGCCUCAUCACUGAACAUUAAUUAUGUUCAUCAGAUAUGUAUGGAUUAACACACACAUAAUACAAUUGUGGUAACUACAGUCAAAAGUCAAGUCAAAGUCAAAGAAGCUUUAUUGUCACUUCAUCCAUAUAUAGCUGAUGCAGUACACAGUGAAAUGAAACAACGUUCCUCCUAGACCAAAGGCGCUACACAUAACAAAGACAAAGUACAGUGAUGCAGACAAACAUAGAGCUAAACAUAGAGAUAAAACUAAACUAUACUUAAGGUGCAAUCUUUAAACUAGACAUACAACAGAAGUGCACAAGAUAACAAUAUCACAAUAUAAGCACAAUAUAAACAUCAUUCAUGUUGCAGUUGAGUGAGAAAUGCUGUCUAGGACAUGCUUUUAUAUAAAAUUAAUCUUUGUAUUCUGACAGGUCAAAUUCAAGAAUUCAAUAACACUGUGGUAAGAAUACUUGCAAAGAUCUUUCUUGUAAGCUGGAGAAAGGCCUCUAAUUGUACACUUCACCAUACAUACAGAGGUCAGCAAGGAGAUCCAGGAGCAUGAGCAGGACUUUGUGUGGCGGGAGCAGAUGUCAGGGUACAAACGUAUGCGGCGGCAGCACCAGAAGCAGCUGAUCGCGCUGGAGAACAAGCUGAAGGCCGAGAUGGAUGAGCACAAGCUCAGACUGCAGAAGGAAGUAGAGACCCAGGCCAACAACACUUACAUUGAACUGGAGAGACUAGCAAAAAAGCAGGCUGCCCAGUUUGACAAAGAGAUGAGAGCAUUAGCCACAGAGGAGAAGAGAAUCCAGCAACAAAUUUUGGUCCAACAGAAGAAGGAGCUGACCACCUUCUUGGACACACAGAAAAAGCAGUACAGACUGUGCAGGGACAGGAUGAAGGAAGAGAUGAAUGAGGACCUUAGCACACCAAAGGAGGAGAAGCAAGAGAGGCUGUCACGCCACAAGGAGACAAUGCAGCGCUCACAGGCUGAGGAGGAGGCACAGCUGCUCAACCAGCAGAGGCUCAUCUAUGAAAGAAGCUGCCGUGCUCUGAAGAGACGAAGCCUCAUAAAAAAACAUGAGUUUGAACAGGAACAGAUACGGGAGGAGCUGAACAAGAAGAAACUGCAGAAGGAGAUGGAGCAUGCGUUAAUGAUCCGGCAAGAUGAGUCCACACAGGAUCUAGAGCGAAGGCAGUUGGAGUGUCUGCAUAGGCUUCGCAUGGAGCUGGUUCGAUUGCAGCAUCACACUGAACUGGAAAACCAGGAGGAGUAUAACACCCGACGCCAGAGAGAGCUACACAGGAAACAUGCACUGGAGCGCCGGCAGCAGCCCAGGAACCUCAAGGCAUUGGAGAUGCAGAUCAAAAAGCAAUUCCAGGACACUUGUAAGGUUCAGAAUAAGCAGUACAAAGCUCUGAGGAACCAUCAGCUAGAGGUCUCCCCUAAGAGUGAACACAAAACCCUGCUGAAGACUCUGAAGGAAGAGCAGACACGCAAGCUUGCUGUGCUGGCUGAACAGUAUGAGCAGAGCAUUAAUGAUAUGAUGGCCUCUCAAGCGCUACGUCUGGAAGCCGAGCAGGAGGCCGAGUGCCAGGCUUUGAAGCGCCAGUUGCAGCAGGAGAUGGAGCUGUUGGAUGCCUACCAAAGCAAGACGAAGGCACAGGCUGAGGCCCAGCAUGAGCAUGACAUGCAGAAGUUGGAGCAGAAAGCAUCCUUGCGCAGGGCUCACCUGGAACAGAAAAUUGAAGAGGAACUGGCUGCACUUCAGAAAGAGCGGACUGAAAAAGUCAAAAAUUUAUUUGAGCGUCAAGAGCGAGAGCUGGAGACCUUUGAUGUGGAGAGUUCACGAUUGGGUUUUGGAAGCUUGGCCUCUUUUGACUUUCCCAAGGAAGAUGACAGAUGAUCAAACCCAGGCUGGUUGGACCAUUUGAUACAGAUGUUUCUGGAUUUGUUGUGCCUGUACUGUUCCUAUCUAUUGGAUUUACCAAGAUCACUUUUACAGUGACCAUGCUGGAUCUGUCUUUUAAAAUUUUAUUAUUGGCUGGGAAACUAUUGAAAUUGGAACAUAAUCUGCAGCCAACUGAAAUGACUUAAUGGAGCUCAGAAAGCAAAAGAGCUAAAUCUAGAAGAACAGACCUGUUCUCCAUGCCGUCGACCCACUUUUGGUAUUAAAAUCAGUAAUUCAGGAUAUUUUAGUACAAGUAAGCACUUUGAUAUGUUUAAGUAUGAACCCAACAUGUAAAGUGAACAAAUUGUGUGAAAAUGCCUUUGGUAUUAUCAAAGGACAUUGCGACUGUAGAAUGUGUCCUUCAUCUUCACCGUGGCUAUUAGCUGUUUUUGUCUUUGUUUAUCACAACGAAUGUGAAUACUGUUGGCAAAAGCUGUAAGCAAAGGCAGGUUUUGAAACAGUGUCAAAAUUUAAAAUAUAGUGACUAUAUUCAGAUCAUUCAAUUACUUUCAUAUUGUGGUAGAACACCUUUUUUUUUUAAAAAAAAAAAAAAAAGGGAAAACGCUAGGCACUAUAAUUUAAAUAUUGUUCAGUAUCCUAAAUUAAUUGGCAUAAUUUUUUUUAUUACUACAACAAAUCAAUGCAGUCAGAUUCCUUCCUGGUAUUAUUGCAUGCACUUUAAAAGACAAAUUCAGGUUGUGAAGUGGAGCAUGGAUCUGUCAGAUUUUGCUGUCUGUAAAUAAAAGUGGUCCAUAGCAGUUUUGUUUCAUGGCUAUUGAUACUGAACAUAAGCUUUAUCUUUAAUAUGAAAGAUUGCCAAAUUGCCAGAUGCCUUUAAGUUAAGUAUGUUAUGAAUGUUUUAGUUUUCUUUCUUUUGCCCAGGUGACAUCAUAGUUUGUUGAAUUGUGACUCAUACAGUGUGCCGUUAUCAAUGCUCUUGUACAGGAAAAAUGGUGCAAUUUGUGUUGUAAAAAUUUUCUAUAAAUAUUUGUAUAUUAUAAUCUAAAUAGGGGUUUACAUGUGUAUUGGUCAGUCUUUGCCAAAAUAACUAUGGGAAUCUUAUUCAGUGGUGACAAUGGAAGGCAAACUAUUUUUGUAAGCAAAACAGGGAGAAUUACCAGUUUCACUUGUAAUGUGACAACAAAAUCAGUUAUGGUUCUUUUUGGCAAGAUUAAUGUCUAGUUGUUGAUGAGAAACAUUAAAAAAAUGUUAAUCAGCUUUUUAAGAAGUAAGAAGCAAGUCUUACCAAUUCUUAACAAGUUGAUUAAGAAGUUGAGUAAUUCUUACUAGGUAAUUCUUAAGAAGUGGUCAUUUGAAAGCAAAUACUUUAGAAAGCAUUGUGUGGGGCCAGGGCAAUUAAUAUCUUUUUCAGCCCUAAAGAUUCAUAUCUUUUAAAAUAAAAAAAAAACAAACAAACAAAAAAAAAAACCAACCACUUGUGUCACACUAUGCAUACCUAGCACAUAACAUUGUGGAACUCAAGCUAAGGGAUGCCAUUCAGUUUCGUAUUUUGUGACUGUCAUUACAGGCCUGUUUUCAAACAAAGCCAUUGUUGAAACUGCCAUUGCACAAGUGAAAUGAUGUUUUAAUGAAUAAACUGAAUGAAGUUUUUGUUGGCUAUUGA